UGUAAAAUGCCAUGUAUCUAGUACCAGUAGAACAGUUGUACUACCUCCUGAUGGUCUCACGUAACUUCUUUGUUCCCUUUCUCUUCAAUUACGCCAUUGCCGUCUUGCCCGGUCGAUCAACCCUAGCUUUCUAAGCCCUACAAAAGACAGCAUCCAUCUGCUAGUGUUAGCUUAGCCUUCAGAGUUCAGAGAGAGAUGGGGACCAACCGGCCGCGGCCACGAACCAAGGACUUCUUCGCAGCUCCGGCGCUCUCCCUCACACUGGCAGGCGUGUUCGGCCGGAAAAAUGGACCUGCGGCGUCGGGUGGAGACGGGGUGGAGGAAGGCGACGAGGAGGUGCAGGCUGCAGGCGAGGCGGCGGUGGAGAUCAGCAGCGAGAACGCGGGGCCGGGGUGUAGACAGUCCCAGUCCGGCGGUGGCUCCGGGGAAGACGGCGGCCAUGACGACGACGACGGAGAGGGUAGUAAUAAGAAGAGGAGGAGGAAGAACUACCACAGGCACACCGCCGAACAAAUCAGGAUCAUGGAAGCGCUAUUCAAAGAGUCCCCACAUCCGGAUGAGAGGCAGCGGCAGCAGGUCAGUAAGCAGCUCGGCCUCUCUGCACGCCAGGUCAAGUUCUGGUUUCAGAACCGACGAACUCAGAUCAAGGCGGUUCAGGAGCGACACGAGAACUCGCUGCUCAAGUCCGAGCUGGAGAAGCUCCAGGACGAGCACCGCGCGAUGAGAGAGCUCGCCAAGAAGCCAUCUCGCUGCCUAAACUGCGGCGUCGUGGCAACCUCCAGCGACGCCGCCGCCGCCGCCACGGCGGCGGACACCCGUGAACAGCGGCUGCGACUCGAGAAAGCCAAGCUCAAAGCUGAGAUAGAGAGGCUGCGAGGGACGCCAGGAAAGUCCGCCGCCGAUGGAAUCGCCUCGCCGCCGUGCUCCGCGUCCGCGGGCGCCAUGCAGACGAACAGCAGGAGCCCGCCGUUGCACGACCACGACGGCGGCUUCUUACGCCACGACGACGACAAGCCGAGGAUCUUGGAGCUGGCCACCCGUGCGCUGGACGAGCUGGUUGGGAUGUGCUCCUCCGGCGAGCCUGUGUGGGUGCGGGGCGUCGAGACCGGCAGGGACAUUCUGAACUACGACGAGUACGUGCGCUUGUUCCGCCGCGACCACGGUGGUUCCGGCGAUCAGAUGGCCGGCUGGACGGUUGAGGCUUCCAGGGAAUGUGGACUAGUUUACCUUGACACGAUGCAUCUUGUGCACACUUUCAUGGACGUGGACAAGUGGAAGGACCUAUUCCCUACCAUGAUCUCAAAGGCAGCGACGCUGGAAAUGAUCAGCAACCGCGAAGACGAUGGCCGAGACGGCGUCCUGCAACUGAUGUAUGCAGAGCUUCAGACACUGACACCAAUGGUGCCCACGAGGGAGUUAUACUUCGCCCGCUACUGCAAGAAGCUGGCCGCGGAGAGAUGGGCGAUCGUCGACGUGUCCUUCGACGAGUCUGAGACUGGCGUCCACGCGUCGUCGGCGGUCAGGUGCUGGAAGAACCCAUCCGGCUGCCUCAUCGAAGAGCAGAACAACGGCCGGUGCAAGAUGACCUGGGUGGAGCACACCAGAUGCCGCCGGUGCACGGUCGCGCCGUUGUACCGGGCGGUCACCGCGAGCGGCGUGGCGUUCGGCGCGAGACGCUGGGUGGCCGCGCUCCAGCUCCAGUGCGAGAGGAUGGUCUUCGCCGUGGCGACCAACGUUCCAACGAGGGACUCGACCGGGGUCUCCACGCUCGCGGGCAGGAGGAGCGUUCUGAAACUGGCGCACCGGAUGACGUCGAGCCUCUGCCGCACCACCGGUGGAUCGUGUGACAUGGCGUGGCGCAGGGCGCCGAAAGGAGGCAGCGGCGGCGGUGGCGACGACGACAUCUGGCUGACGUCCCGGGAGAACGCCGGCGACGACCCUGGCGAGCCGCAGGGGCUGAUCGCGUGCGCCGCGGCGUCGACGUGGCUGCCGGUGAAUCCGACGGCUCUCCUCGACUUACUGAGGGAUGAAUCACGGCGACCAGAGUGGGACGUGAUGCUACCCGGAAAAUCUGUUCAGAGCCGCGUGAAUCUUGCAAAGGGGAAGGACCGUACCAACUGCGUCACCGCCUACGCCGCUCGACCGGAAGAAGAAGAAGAGAGAGGCGGCAAGUGGGUCCUCCAGGACGUCUGCACCAACCCCUGCGAGUCGACGAUCGCGUACGCGGCGAUCGACGCCGCCGCGCUGCAGCCGGUCAUCGCCGGGCACGACUCGAGCGGCGUGCACCUCCUGCCGUGCGGAUUCAUCUCGGUGAUGCCGGACGGGCUCGAGUCCAAGCCGGCGGUGAUCACGGCGUCGAGGAGGGGAGGCGAGGCUUCGGGGGCCGGAUCGCUGGUUACCGUGGCGUUCCAGGUCCCGGCCAGCCCGUCGGCGGCGGCGGCCACGCUCUCGCCGGACUCGGUGGAGGCCGUGACGGUCCUGGUCUCCUCCACUCUGCGUAACAUCAGGAAAGCCUUGGGGUGCGACUCGUGCGAGGAGGAAUUCUAGUCCACGGGACGCGGAAAUAUUCUACUCCUACUUCGGAUUCGUUAUUCGUAUGAUACUCCACGACUCCACGUGACCAUGUUUGCAAAGUAAAUUUGCAUCGUGACUUACCAUGAACAUAAGUGUACAGCUAAAGGGAUACUCGUACUAUAGAACUACACGGUACUGUAAAGUCAACAAUUAAGCGUUAAAAAUCCCCCGUCUUGCAGACUUCUUUAUGGUCACCGCAACUAGCAGAGAGCCGUGCCAUGGGCGGUUUCUUGGAA